AUGGCAUCCAAGGCCGUCGCGAGGCCACUGGCUGCUGUCAGCACUUCGCUCGGUCUCAAGCACGCCGGGCAGCGCGGGUUCGCAUCGGCGAGGACAGCUCCGAAAUCUCCCUUUCAGCAGCCGCUGCGAGCUUCGAAUCAGACGCCAUUGAGCCACCAACAACUGCGCGCGGGUUUCCGGAGAGGCGUCGCGGACAAGCUGCCGGAUCAGAAGCAGGUCAAGAGGGGCGCGCGGGGUUUCUUCCGAUGGGCAUGGCGGCUCACGUACCUGUCCGUGUUGGGCGGGCUUGGAUACGCUGCGUAUGGAAUCUACGUCAAUCGCAACCCGGCCGAGCAGCAGGAGCCUGAUCCGACGAAGAAGACUCUGGUCGUACUCGGUAGGACUCGAUGGGUGUCAAUGGGACGGUCUCGAAGCAGAAUACUGAUGGGGCGUCAUUAAUUAGGAACCGGCUGGGGCUCCGUCUCCCUGCUGAAGUCUCUGGAUACCGAAAACUACAAUGUCGUCGUCAUCUCGCCUCGCAACUACUUCCUCUUCACGCCUCUCCUGCCGUCGUGCACCACCGGGACGAUCGAGCACCGCAGCAUCAUGGAGCCCAUUCGAAACUUCUUGCGCCACAAGAAGGCGUCGGUCAAAUACUACGAAGCCGAAGCGACCAAGAUCGAUUACGAGAAGAAGAUUGUCUACAUCAGCGAUGACUCGGAGAUCAAGGGCUCGAUUUCGCAAAGCGAGAUCCCCUUCGAUCUGCUCGUGGUCGGCGUGGGCGCGGAAAAUGCCACCUUCGGGAUCCCCGGUGUGCGCGAGCACGGCUGCUUCUUGAAGGAGGUGGGCGAUGCGCAGAAGAUUCGGAAGCGCAUCAUGGAUUGCUGCGAGACGGCUACAUUCAAGGACCAAUCGCUCGAGGAGGUCAAGCGACUGCUGCACAUGGUUGUCGUGGGUGGUGGCCCGACUGGGGUCGAAUUCGCCGGUGAACUGCAAGAUUUCUUCGAGGAGGACCUGCGCAAGUGGAUGCCCGAGAUCCAGGACAACUUCCACGUCACGCUGGUCGAAGCUCUCCCGUCGGUGCUGCCCAUGUUCUCCAAGAGCCUGAUUGACUACACCGAGAAGACUUUCAAGGAGGAGACGAUUGAGAUUCGAACCAAGACCAUGGUCAAGAACGUCACGGAUAAGUACAUCGAAGCGGAAUACACGGAUGCGAAUGGCCAGAAGCAAAUUGAGAAGAUCCCCUACGGUCUCCUCGUCUGGGCUACUGGCAACGCCGUGCGACCUCUCGUGAAGGAUCUCAUGAACCAAAUACCGGCCCAGAAGGACUCGCGCCGUGGUCUUGCCGUCAAUGAGUACCUGGUCGUCAAAGGCACGGAGAACGUCUGGGCUGUGGGUGACUGCGCUGUCGCGAAUUACGCCCCAACAGCCCAGGUCGCAAGUCAGGAAGGUGUCUUCCUCGCUCGCCUCUUCAACCAGAUGGCCAAGACCGAGGAGAUCGAGACCGAGCUCUCCCAGCUGUCCGAAGAACAGGCCACGUCGCCCAACAAGGAGGCGAGGGAUAAGGUCUUUGUGGAGAUCAAGGACCUGCAGAAGCGGUUGCGCCGCGUCAAGCAGAUGGGUCCGUUUGAGUACUCUCACCAGGGCUCCCUGGCUUAUAUCGGCAGCGAGAAGGCGGUCGCGGAUAUCUCGUGGGUGACUGGCAACCUGGCCAGCGGUGGACAGCUGACGUACCUCUUCUGGCGGUCGGCUUAUCUGAGCAUGUGCUUUAGCAGUAAGUGCUUUCAUUGCCUCGGGAUCGUCUUUUUCGGGGAUGUGUCGCGAUGAUGAGACUGACUUGUUCCACAGCACGCAACCGUGUCCUGGUCAUCAUGGACUGGUUGAAAUCGUACAUCUUCGGCCGUGACGUCUCACGGGAAUAG